GCCGCCGCGGCGACCCAUGGACCCUCCGCACCACGCCAGGCCGCUGCCCGCCCCGGCCAAUGCCGACCUCGUGCUCCUCAUCCCGCCCGACCAGCCGCCACAGGCGCAGGCGCAGGCGCAGCUGAACCCGAGCCAUCAUCACCAGCAGCCGAAGACGCCGACGGCCCCGCUGCCCGAGGCCGCGAAGCCUCCCCAACAGAACCCCGAGAAGGCCGCCGUCGCCGCCUCGAGCCCCCCCGCGCCGGCCUCGCGCCCCCCCGCGCCGGCCUCGCGCCCGCCGCUGCCUCCCGCCUCCGCCGCGCUCCUCCGCCGCCGCUCCUCGCUCGCCAGGCCCAAGUCCCGCUUCGUCGAGCCCGCCGCGCCGCCCUCGGCCGCCGUGUCCACGCCUUCCUCGCACGCCUCCCCGGUGCACCCUUCCGCGGCGGGCGGGGCGCCUGGCUCCGCGGCUGCCUCCACGCCGCACACCCCCGGCGACGCCGACGAGGAGGAGGACGUCUUCCCCAAGGAGGUCCCGCGCAAGUCGUCGGCCCGCUGCCGCCGCAGGAUGAAGCUCGGCGCCGAGGUCGUCGUGCUCGUCCUCUUCCUCGCGCUGCUCAUCGUCAGCCUCGUGGUGCGGCCGCUCAAGAAGAGUUCCUUCUGGGGCCUGGAGAUCUGGAAAUGGUGCGUUAUGGUCAUCUGCGUCUUCUCCGGCCACCUCGUCAGCCAUUGGGUCGUCACCUUCGUUGUCUUCCUCGUCGAGCGCAACUUCCUGCUCCGCAACAAGGUGCUCUACUUCGUAUUCGGGCUCAAGAAGAGCGUCCAAGUCUGCCUCUGGAUUGGGCUGGUGCUCAUCGCAUGGUCACAGCUCUUUGACCGUGACGUCGGUCGAUCGGCCAAGACGGCCAGAAUCCUCAAUUAUGUCUCCAGGUUUCUCGCCUCUGUGCUCAUCGGCUCGAUCAUUUGGCUGGUCAAGACCUUCCUCAUGAAGGUGGUCGCAUCCACGUUCCACCGGAAGGCGUUCUUUGACCGUAUUCUGGAAAAUGUGUUCGAUCAGUACAUCCUGCAGACCUUGUCGGGGCCGCCUGUGAUGGAGCUAGCAGAAAAUGUUGGCCGGGAGGGUAGUGGGCGAGUGAGCUUCACCAAAACUAAGGAGGAGAAAAGCUCGCCGGGAGUGAUUGACGUAAUGAAACUGAGGAAGAUGAGCCAGGAGAAGGUGUCGGCAUGGACGAUGAAAGGGCUGAUGGCGGCAAUUGGAAGCUCAAGGCUUUCUACAAUAUCUAAUACUAUUGAGAGCUUUGAUGAUGUUGAUGGCAUGGAGCAGAAGGAUAAGGAGAUUAGCAAUGAGUGGGAGGCAAAGGCAGCUGCAUCUGCAAUUUUCAAGAACGUCGCAAGACCGGGCUAUAAGCACAUUGAGGAGGUCGAUCUGCUGAGAUUUUUCAACAAGGAGGAGGUGGAUUUGGUGCUUCAAAGGUUUGAGGGGGCAUUCGAAACCAGGAAGAUUAAAAAGUCUGCACUGAAAAACUGGGUGGUAAAGGCAUACCUUGAUCGCAAAUCACUGGCACAUUCUUUGAAUGACACAAAAACAGCAGUUAUGCAACUUCAUAAUCUGAUCACAGUUUUAGUGAUUGUUAUUAUCAUUAUCAUCACUUUGUUGUUGAUGGGCAUUGCGACAACAAAGAUCCUUCUUGUCAUCUCGUCUCAACUUCUAGUUGUGGUAUUCAUAUUUGGGAAUGCGUGCAAGACUGUUUUUGAGGCCCUUAUAUUUGUAUUCAUCAUGCAUCCAUUUGAUGUUGGCGACCGCUGUGUCAUCGAUGGAAUACAGAUGGUUGUCGAAGAAAUGAAUAUAUUAACCACUGUUUUCUUGAAGAAUGACAACGAGAAGAUAUAUUACCCAAACUCUGUAUUGUCAACAAAGGCAAUCAGCAACUUUUACCGAAGCCCCAAUAUGUAUGACACCAUUGAUUUCUCUAUUGAUGUUUCAACUUCAAUUGAGAGAAUUGGAGCUUUGAAGUCCAGAAUUAAAGGGUACAUAGAGAGCAAACCAACACACUGGUGCCCUAUUCACACUGUAAACUUAAAGGACAUCCUUGACGUGAACAAGAUCAACAUGUCUCUUUGUGUCCAGCAUACGAUGAACUUCCAGAAUAUCCGAGAGAGAAACAUCAGGAGAUCUGAGCUCGUCAUGGAAUUAAAGAAACUGUUCGAAGAGAUGUCCAUCACGUACCACCUUCUACCCCAAAAGGUUGAGCUUAGCUUUGUCGGCACAGAUCCAGUACCCAUUGCCCUGCCCCAGAGUAGAUAA